GUAUGUAUGCAUGUGUGUGUGUAUGUAUGCAUGUGUGUGUGUAUGUAUGCAUGUGUGUGUGCAACGCCAUCAAUUAUCCAAAAGGAGGAAAUGGGAUGAACUCCCUUCUCGGGUAUUCCGGGAUCAUAUUUUUUUUCCCCCUCAAACGUCUCCUUUCAACACAUAAAUGUGAAACUGCACACAGCAGUCAGCCUUGCAAGACACACAUCCUCUGCCUGUGACAUCCAUCUUGCGCUCCAUAUCCUCCCUGUGCUCCCUCGGCCCGAGUGCUAACAUCCUCUGGUGGUAGCGAGGGGAAGCCGGCCCUCAGUGUGACUCCCUACUCUACAGAAGCUCCGAGGCCAGGAUUUGGAGACGUGGGUCUUCGCUUUUCAGGGGAGUUCAUUAAGUUAGUUUAGAGGUAAAUCAUAAAAAGGCACGAUGAUGGAGCUGAGGAUCAAGCUGAUCCCAACAGGGGAGAUCAUCCUGUCGCCGGGGAAAAAUGGGGAAAACUACUGCCACCACUGCAAGGUGGUGGGUACUGACGGGGUGCGGGCUAUGAUGGAGUCGGCCCUGACAGCAAGAGAUCGAGUGGGUGUGCAGGACUUUGUCCUGCUGGAAAACUACACAAGCGAAGCCGCUUUCAUUGAGAACCUACGCAAACGCUUCAAAGAGAACCUCAUCUAUACUUACAUUGGCUCUGUGCUGGUGUCAGUUAACCCGUACAAAGAUUUGGAGAUCUACACAAAGAACCAUAUGGAGCGGUACCGUGGGGUCAACUUCUACGAAGUCUCACCACACAUCUAUGCAGUGGCAGACAACUCAUACCGUUCUAUGAGGACAGAGAGAAAGGACCAGUGCAUCCUAAUUUCUGGGGAGAGUGGAGCUGGGAAGACGGAGGCAUCAAAAAAGAUCCUGCAGUACUAUGCAAUUACCUGUCCAGCCAGUGAUCAGGUGCAGACUAUCAAAGACCGACUACUGCAGUCCAACCCUGUGCUCGAGGCUUUUGGCAAUGCCAAGACAUUGCGUAACGACAAUUCCAGUCGCUUUGGCAAGUACAUGGAUAUCCAGUUUGACUUCAAGGGUGCCCCGGUGGGAGGUCACAUCAUCAAUUACCUGCUGGAGAAGUCGCGGGUGGUUCACCAGAACCACGGUGAGAGGAAUUUUCACAUUUUCUAUCAACUGAUUGAAGGAGGCGAGGAAGACCUGCUGAGACGCCUGGGCUUAGAGAGGAAUGCUCAACAGUACCAGUAUCUGGUGAAAGGUAACUGCCCCAAAGUGAGCUCCAUCAAUGACCGCAGUGAUUGGAAGGUGGUGAGGAAAGCCUUGACUGUGAUUGGCUUUAAUGAGGAUGAGGUCGAGGAGCUGUUAAACAUAAUCGCAAGUGUGCUCCAUUUGGGUAACGUGCAGUACGGUGGUGGAGAGGAAGGAAUUGCAUUCAUCACGUCGGACACGCAGAUCAAGUACUUGGCAAGGUUGUUGGGCGUAAAUGGAGCAGUGCUGACGGAGGCACUCACACACAAGAAGAUAAUUGCCAAGGGAGAGGAGCUUAUCAGCCCUCUGAACCUAGAACAGGCCUCUUCUGCUCGGGAUGCUCUGUCUAAAGCAGUGUAUGGACGCACAUUCACCUGGCUGGUUAACAAGAUCAACGCUUCACUAGCAUACACGGAUGACUCUUUCAAGCACUACUCUGUCAUUGGGCUGCUGGACAUUUAUGGCUUUGAGGUCUUCCAGCACAACAGCUUUGAACAGUUCUGCAUCAACUACUGUAAUGAGAAGUUGCAGCAGCUCUUCAUUGAGCUCACCCUCAAGUCUGAGCAGGAGGAGUACGAGGCAGAAGGCAUAACGUGGGAACCCGUCCAAUACUUCAACAACAAGAUCAUCUGUGACUUGGUGGAGGAGAAGUUUAAAGGCAUCAUCUCCAUUCUGGAUGAAGAGUGUCUGAGACCUGGAGAUGCCAGUGACAUCACCUUCUUAGAGAAGCUGGAGGACACCGUAGGAGGUCAUCCGCACUUUGUCACUCACAAGCUGGCUGAUGCAAAGACUCGGAAGGUAAUGGGUCGUGAUGAAUUCCGACUGCUGCAUUAUGCCGGAGAGGUCAACUACAACGUCAAUGGUUUUCUGGACAAGAACAAUGACCUGCUCUUUAGAAACUUAAAGGAGGUUAUGUUCAUGUCGGAGAACAAGAUCCUAAACCAGUGUUUCGACAGAGAGGAGCUGAGUGACAAAAAACGUCCAGACACAGCAGCGACCCAGUUCAAGGCCAGCCUGGCGAAACUUAUGGAGAUCCUCAUGUCUAAGGAGCCGUCAUAUGUCCGCUGCAUCAAGCCCAAUGACUCCAAGCAAGCAAGUCGUUUUGACGAUGUUCUGAUCCGUCACCAAGUCAAGUAUCUGGGAUUGAUGGAAAAUCUGAGGGUGAGGCGAGCGGGCUUUGCUUACAGGCGGCGUUAUGAGGUGUUCCUGCAGAGGUACAAGUCCCUUUGCCCCGAAACUUGGCCAAAUUGGGAGGGUAAACUGUCUGAUGGAGUUGCGACAUUGGUCAAGCACCUUGGAUACAGGCCUGAAGACUACAAGCUGGGCAGAUCAAAAAUCUUCAUCCGUUUCCCAAAGACCCUAUUUUCCACCGAGGAGGCCCUAGAGAUCAGGAAGCAUAGUUUAGCCACAAAGUUGCAGGCAGGAUGGAGGGGCUACAGCCAAAAAUCCAAGUACCAAAAGCUUAGAACUUCAGCUAUUGCCAUCCAGGCAUGGUGGAGGGGAAUCUUGGCCCGGAGGAGGGCUCGGCGUAGGCGGCAAGCUGCUGACACCAUCCGCAGGUUCAUCAAAGGAUUCAUUUAUCGCCACAAGGAACGCUGUCCGGAGAAUGAGUAUUUUCUGGAUUAUGUGCGGUACUCCUUCCUCAUGACACUGCGAAGGAAUCUGCCAAAGAAUGUUCUUGACAAGAGCUGGCCAACACCUCCAGCAGCUCUUACAGAGGCCUCGGAACAUUUGCGCAAGCUUUACAUGCAGAACAUGGUGUGGAUCUACUGCAAGAAAAUCAGUCCUGAAUGGAAACACCAGAUGGAGCAGAAGAUGAUUGCGAGUGAGAUCUUUAAGGAAAAGAAGGAUAACUACCCACAAAGUGUGCCCAAGCUGUUUGUCAGCACAAGACUUGAUGGUGAGAACAUUAAUCCCAAGGUCCUGCAGGCUCUGGGAAACGAGAAGUUGAAGUAUGGCGUGCCAGUCACCAAGUAUGACAGGAAGGGCUACAAGCCUCGUCACCGCCAGUUGCUUUUGACCGCAAGCAGUGCCAUUAUUGUCGAGGAUGCCAAGCUCAAGCAACGCAUUGACUACGAUACUCUUAAAGGUAUCUCUGUCAGUUCCCUCAGCGAUGGCCUGUUUGUUUUGCACGUGCCCAGUGACGACAACAAACAGAAGGGAGAUGUGGUUCUACAAAGUGAGCAUGUGAUAGAGACGUUGACCAAGAUUGCCAUCUGUGGCAACAAAGUAAACAGCAUCAACAUCAACCAGGGCAGUAUAACAUUUACCGUGGGUCAAGGAAAAGAAGGGUGCAUCGACUUCACACCUGGAUCCGAACUGUUGGUGGCCAAAGCUAAGAACGGACAUCUUUCUGUGACUGCUCCCAGACUCAACUCCAGAUGAUUUUCACUCUUUCGUACGCACACGAAAUAACGCACUCAAGGACACCGGCGUGCUUUUUCCCUUAUGCAAUCACUUGACCUCAGACCCUGCUCUCGCUUUAGCCAAUCCGGUACCAGCCUGUCCACAUCCACCACACCCGGCUGGCGCUCGCUGCCAAUUAAAAGAUAAACGAUGCAGCAAUACUAAUGGAAAUAUUUAUGUUUAUAUAUUAUAUUUUUGGUAAUAAUACUGCCGCUGUUUAAAUAUUGUGAUUUUAUACGUGCGGCCAACGAAUAACAAAUAUUUUUGUGGGUUUUUGUUUUUUUUGUACAUUUUCUUGUGAUUUAUUUGGGAACAUGACCAAGCAAACCAAAGAAGGACAACACAGCCAACUGAAUGGGAUUCCUGUGCAGAAGUCAGGGUGUUGUCUUUUACCUCUUUUUAGUGCUUUUUUUUUUUUUUUUUUCCUUGCCAACAUUUCUUGAUAGGUGAGAGAGCCUGUUUUUGCAUGUAGACAAAGUUGAGUGAAUGGUGGACAACGCUAUUGACAAGUAGGUGGCUAUAUACGUACUACUGAAUUCAUAUUCAUACAGCCAGGUGUGUACUCACAUGAUACGCAGGGUGUCGGUAAUGAGGGAACAACUACAUUUACUGUAAGCGCAUGAAAAACUUGAAAUGGAUGAGUGAAAGUGACAAAAGAGAUGAUUGUGCUUUUCCCUUUGACUAAAUGCAUCCUAAACACGGAAAGACACCUUCUCUAUGUUUCCACACGUCUUUCUGCUUGGCUGCUUGUGCUUCUUUAUUGCAGCUUGUGUCGCGUUUAGCCAAACUGGUGUCAUCAUAAGCGGUGCCUAGUUCAAAGUAGUCUGAAUAAUAUUUCAAUAAGCCAUUUUUAUUUGACAUUGACUAGAAUGGAGCUGAAAAGCCUUAUAAGUCGCAAGUUAACUUUUCAAAUGAAAUUUGUUUUUAAAUCGAAUGAAAGGAUCGUGACUGCUGUUGCAGUCACCAGGAUAUAAAACAGUUUGCAUCGUGUUAGCUUGGAUCGUGUUAGCUUAAAAAGUCUUCCAACCCACAAUUGUUAGUAAUAUAAGUUCAAGGGGAUAUUUUUUUUUUAGUAAAAGGGUAUUUUUAUCUGGAAAAUGCUGAAAAAAAAGCAGAAAUAUUAGGAGUGUCCAAAUUUUUUCCAACAGGGAACAAACUGAAAGCAUGCGGGCGUAGAUUUUGAUCUUUUUUAAAUGGGUUAAAAAUAAAAUAGGCUAGUUAUAAAUGAUGGUACUUACCGUAUUUUUCGGAGUAUAAGCCGCUCCGCUGUAUAAGUCGCACCUGCCGAAAAUGCAUAAUAAAGAAGGAAAAAAACAUAUAUAAGUCGCACUGGAGUAUAAGUCGCAUUUUUGGGGGAAAUUUAUUUGAUAAAACCCAACAGCAAGAAUAGACAUCUGAAAGGCAAUUUAAAAUAAAUAAAGAAUAGUGAACAAAAGGCUGAAUAAGUGUACGUUAUAUGACGCAUAAAUAACCAACUGAGAAGGUGCCUGGUAUGUAAACGUAACAUAUUAUGGUAAGAGUCAUUCAAAUAACUAUAACAUAUAGAACAUGCUAUACGUUUACCAAACAAUCUGUCACUCCUAAUCGCUAAAUCCCAUGAAAUCUUAUACGUCUAGUCCCUUACGUGAAUAAUAUUAUUUGAUUUUUUAAGGUAAUGUGUUAAUAAUUUCACACAUAAGUCGCUCCUGAGUAUAAGUCGCACCCCUGACCAAACUAUGAAAAAAACUGCAACUUAUAGUCCAAAAAAUACGGUAGUUGUUUUUUUUUUGUGACCAACUUUUGGUUUAGCCAAACGUUUUUGUUUACCAUCUCAGUUAUCGUAAGGACAAUCGACUUUUUUUCCUGCCUAUCAUUUUGCGUAAUCGAAUACCUAAAUCGAGAAUGCCACGUGUUGGUGAUUCAGUCUCUCUGUUUUUAAUUGAAUAUGAUGCAAAAUAAUCCACCGUGGGGCCGAAGACGCCAAAAAAAUAAAUUUUUAGCACAGUACGAAGGAGGGAUCUCCUCCUCCCUCUUGACUCAUCGCCGUCCUCAUUGGUCAAUCAGUUAUUUACCGUAUUUUCCGGACUAUAAGCCCCACCAGUAUAUAAACCGCACCCACAAAUUUUGGGGAAAAAAUAAAUGUUUUUCAUAUAUUAGCCACACCGGAUUAUGAACCGCAUAUAUAUAUAUAUAUAUAUAUAUAUAUAUAUAUAUAUAUAUAUAUAUAUAUAUAUAUAUAUAUAUAUAUAUAUAUAUACACACAUAUAUACAUAUAUAUAUACAUCCCUGCAAGCCUGUUUUGCAGGUUUCCCUGCGAAACAGGCUUGUAGCGAUGAAAUAGGUAGGAAAAAACACAGAGGCUAACACAUAUAUAUAUAUAUAUAUAUAUAUAUAUAUAUAUAUAUAUAUAUAUACAGGUACAUUGUGAAAUGAAAUAUUUACAUAUAUUAAUUGUUUCCAAACGAUGCCUGUAACACAACUAAUUAUACAGAAAAGUCAUCAAUGUUUUUUUUCAUCCUUUAUGAGGUUAAUAAGAUGUUGUCCUUUUCUAACAACGUUCAAGAUGUUUAUCAGGAUUCUUUUUCUUUGUACUUUAACACUUCGGAUUUUAGCAGUUUUUUAAAGUAGAUUAUUUUAGUACAUUGUUUGAUUUAUUUGCUUAAUCCAUUCAAUACUUUAGCUGUUAGCGAAGGAAAACUCAUAGAUUAGCCGCACCUUUGUAUGAGCCGCAGGGUUCGAAGCUUGGGGAAAAAGUAGUGGCUUAUAGUCCGUAAAAUAUGGUAUAUGUAUAUCACCUUAGUUUGUAAAUUGUAUUAAAAAAACAAUUUUGUGUUAAUAUUUUUAGGUUUUUGAACUGAUUGAAUUGAUUAACUUUAGUUCUUGUUGGAAAAAUUGCUUUGGGAUUUUGUCUGAGUCAGUCUUUGUCGGACUUUUUGGAGCAGAUUACUAUCCAAAAGCGAGGUACUUUUUGUGUUGACCCCAUCGCAAAUGUACGGUUUGGCAUUCAUUGCCCCUCAUAUUCGCGGAUUUUGGAUUGACGACGCUAUCUGCGGGGUCUAAAAGAGUGCUGCAUAUAUUAAUCCAGAAGAGGGUCCUAUCUCAUAGUUAAACUCACUCAACAUUUUCAAGCAGGCAAAUGCUUUAGACAUGAUUUGAUGUUGCGUAACUGUUUUGUAACUACCAUACAUUGUUUGCCUGUCAUUUUUAUUUUUUCUGUAAAAUUGAAUUGUAAAUGUGUUGAAAAAGUGAUAGGGUUUAGACUACAGGAUCAACAGUAGGAUUUUUUUAAAUUUUUUAUUAUUUUGCAGGCCAAUAACAAAAAAAGAUUGGACGUACGUACUUUACAUUGAACAGCAGGGCAUGUAAUGAUAAUAAAAAUGCAGCUCAUAUAAUAAUAUAUUUCUAACCCUUAAAAACACUUGUGACACCGAUGAACGUUCUUAAUGUAGACGGUUUCCCAAUAUUGCUUCCAGAGUUGCAAUUUUUGUGGAUUAGCAAAAAAUUGUUUUAUUAUUAUUUUUUUAAACUGAUUGUGAGGUGGGUGCAAUAUGCCGAGACUGCUGCUUCACUAACAAGCCAAAGAACCAUUUGAUUUCUGAUCAUUAUUUGUUGUAUGAUUUUGAUAUAGUUUUUUGCUUUUAAAUGAUGGGAUAUUGUUUUAUUUCUGAAUGGAGACUUAUACAUUUAUAAUUACAGCAGUAUAUAUAAACGUGUGUAUAGUUUGUGUACUGGUAUGAAUGAGACAGCCAAACCAAGUUUAGUUUGAUGAUUUGGGAAGAAGAAACAUUAAGAAUUGUUUUCUUGUGUUAAUGUGCCUUGUUCGUCAGAGUGAGACCUCCUUGGCAAAAAUGUUUUUCUCACUGCUUUGCCAAAAAAAAAAAAAAAGUUUUUUUUCCCUGUGUAACAGUUUUAUUCAAACAAAAUCCUAAGACUUUAUUUUUUUUUUUUUUUUACCAAAAACUUCUGUUCUCUCUUCUGAUCAUUGUAUAAUCCAAGUAUUCUAAUUGAAUUAAUUAUGCCAACACACUAAGAACCCAAAGAUGCUAUAGUUGUAUUAAAUACAUUUGAAAUGUAAAGUCAAAAUAAUAAUUUCUAUCAAACCUU